AGAUGACAUCAGCGCCUGCCUGAUGCCAGAGCAGCAACCUGCCCUCAGGUGUAGCCUGGGUACUUGGUGCUGUUUUGAGAGUGCCUGUGUUGAGAGUGUCUUAGUGCCUGAGCCCGGGGAAAUGAGUUCACUCCUCCUCUGUCUGCUCUUUGUAGUCUUUUAUGCUGUGCUGAGGCUCGCCAGAUCUGAGGCUUCUCCGAGGAAGAGGAGACACAGAGCCAAAAAGCAGAAACCGAAAGCUUUUGGGUGCUGUGAGGAAGAGCUGGAGGCUGGUGCAUCCCCAGAGACAUGCUGCCCUGUGCCCCCAGAGAAGCUCCGCUUGGCUCAGCGCCUCAGGCUGGUUGAGAGGAGGGUACAGUGCAUGGCCAGACACCUGGAGGAAGUUCUGAUACCGCCGAGUGUGUCGACAUCUGCCACGAGCCAGUUCUCCUACUCCUCUAGGGAAUCCACCACCUCUGCCCUCCGGAGUCCCAGCUCCUUUUCCCUGAGAGAAGCCGCCAUGAUUCACUCAGAGCCCCUCCGCCACACGGGGGAGAUCAUGCCUGUCGGGGUCUGGGAAGGAUCCGCUCAUCCCAUCCAAGCCCAGCCUCUCCCCAGGCCUCCUGUCCACAGCAGACGAGUCCGGCGAGAGCAGACCAUGGGUCUGGACCAGACGUCAGUCCGUGGCUUAGUCUUCAACAUCCGCCAGAAACAUCUGCAGAGUCAACUGGGGGCUCCUACCCCAUACACAGAGUCGCUGGCCAAGAUGAUCCCUAACAUCCCUGCUCUGUGCCCACCGGACAGAGACCCCAGGGUGAAGUUCAACAUGAGCAGGGUCCCUUUCCUAAGCCGUGAAGUCCUGGAGGAACUGGACUGUCACGUGCAGACAAAGAGACUCCAGCAUGAGCAGGGCUUACCCGUCACCCCCCAGAAACCCCACACAGCUCUUCUGCCUCCAGCUCCACAAACCCCCAUCCCGGGGGAGCCAUUGCUGGGUGAGCGGGACACCAAGCAGCAAUUGAUAUUAGACACAGAUCGGCCCAAAUGUGGAUUUCCAGCAAAGGUCCCGGAGCCCCUCAGAUCCAACACCAGCCCUCAGCGUGCACAGGCGAUCCAGGAGUCAUGUGUCUGCCCCUCUGGACCCCUGCCUCAAAAGGCCCACAGGAUCAUGGCAUCCCCUGAGGCCAUCCUGGCCAGGCCUGUGCCCACGGUGGUGGUCAAGCUGCAGGAUCACAUUGCUCAGAAAUGCUCAGAGAUCCAAAUGGAGGCGUUCCCAAAGAUGGUGAGAGAGUCGCACAGAGAUGCUCCCCUCGUGAGAGAGACGGCAAUAGCAGAGAAGACGCUCACAGCCACACUCCACCUCUAUAGGAGCGAGAUGACAAAGCCCCUUACCAGUGUGAGCGGCACCAAAGGGACUGAAGAGAAGCUGGAGCUGCACAUGGAGAGGAAGGUUCUCUUGGGAGAAGGCUCCUGCCUGGGGCCAGGGGCACAGGCAGGUGAGGGCAGGGCUGCACACGACCUGCAGCUGAAACACCUGAUGGAAAUGUUGAGCAGCUCCCGCCCCUUGGCGGUCCAGGUCUCAGUCUGCCAGCAGUGCCGCAAGGCAUAUCCAGGAAAGAUGAAUGGCUUCUCCGAGGAAGAGGAGACACAGAGCCAAAAAGCAGAAACCGAAAGCUGCCCUGUGCCCCUGGAGAAGCUCCGCUUGGCUCAGCGCCUCAGGCUGGUUGAGAGGAGGGUACAGUGCAUGGCCAGACACCUGGAGGAAGUUCUGAUACCGCCGAGUGUGUCGACAUCUGCCACGAGCCAGUUCUCCUCCUCCUCUAGGGAAUCCACCACCUCUGCCCUCCGGAGUCCCAGCUGCUUUUCCCUGAGAGAAGCCGCCAUGAUUCACUCAGAGCCCCUCCGCCACACGGGGGAGAUCAUGCCUGCCCACAGGAUCAUGGCAUCCCCUGAGGCCAUCCUGGCCAGGCCUGUGCCCACGGUGGUGGUCAAGCUGCAGGAUCACAUUGCUCAGAAAUGCUCAGAGAUCCAAAUGGAGGCGUUCCCAAAGAUGGCUGCACACGACCUGCAGCUGAAACACCUGAUGGAAAUGUUGAGCAGCUCCCGCCCCUUGGCGGUCCAGGUCUCAGUCUGCCAGCAGUGCCGCAAGGCAUAUCCAGGAAAGAUGAAUGGCCCGCCCUGA